UUCAAUAGAUUUGCAUUUUCUUUCGUAUUCAAUUGCUAGUGGUUUUAGAUUUUAGAAAUCGGGUGUAUCAUCUACCUAGUAACAAAGAUGUCCCUGAUUGCGCUACGCUCACUUCUAGUCAAACAACGCCAGUGUUCUUUGGCGCUUCUACGAUGUUCCGGACUGGUAUCGGAGCUAGGACUGGUUCGCCAAUACGCUGCAAAACAAAGUUCUUCCUCGAAAUCCUUAUCCGCCGGAGCAGAUCGUACAGAUGUUUCUACGGACGUUCGGCCAUUGGGUGAACGGGUGAAGGAGAAUACAAAAACGGCCAGCUAUAUGGGCGUCAUCAUGCUAGGUGUCGGUGUGACCGGCUUACUUUUCUACGUUAUAUUUUGGGAGCUGUUUUCCUCGGACAGCCCCAACAAUAUAUACUCCGAAGCGCUCGAACGAGUGAAGGAAGAGCCACGGGUGAAAGAUGCACUUGGUUCGCCGAUAAAGGGCUUCGGCGAAGAGAGCCGCCGUGGACGUCGGACCCAUGUUGCCCACACAAAAUACGUCAAGGACGGCGUCGAAUACAUUCGUAUGCAAUUUUACAUUCAAGGCAUUCGCAAUAAGGGAACCGUUCACCUAGAGAAACGGAAAACGGACUCGGGAUCGUUCGAAUACCGGUACCUUUUCGUACAGCUGGACUACAAUCGCCAAAAUCCAAUCAUACUAGAGGAUAAUAGACAGCAGCAGGAUUCCACUUCCACCAGCAGUGCACUGCAGUCGUUUUUGUGAAAAGGAUUUCGAGUGAAAUACAGUG